UUUUCAAAAUUCAAAAAACCCCCAACGGCUACCCUAAAAAUCCAAAAAAUCCAGCUUGGCAACUCAAGUGCCAUGUGUGUAUUCUCCAAACGUUAAAAUACACUAUCCUAUUAUUCCCUCCCAAAUAUAAAUUCAAAACACAGAAAGCGUAUAAAUAAAUAAACAAAAAAUACUGACACAAAAAGCUUCAAUCACGCCCCUUUCUCCCCUCUAUCUUCGCCUCCAUGGAAUCACCCGAAAAAGAUCAAGAAUUUAUACCCGCCUCCGCUUUCUCUUUCACUUUCACUCCAUCAGUUUCGCCUUCUCCUAGGCGUCUUUCGAGCUGUUAUUCACAGCCUAGCCAACCUGUUAAAGCGAAAAGGCAACUUGCGUGGGUGUCUCUUCAAGGAAGACUUGUCGGUGCAGAGGAAGCAAGUUCUGCUAGGAACAUUGGUGGUGGUUUAAAGAACACUAAAGAAGGUGUUGCUUGGGAACUGUUUAGCCCCAUUCAUCGGAUUCUUAUUGUCGCUGUUGUGGCUGUUGCUGCUGCGGAGUCUAAGAAGAAUAAGCAGAUUUGUAGGCUCAAGAAAUCUGUGAAACUUAGGGAUCAAGUGCUCUUAGGCAUGCAACAGAAGCUGGACACAUUAUGUGAACAGGUUAACUAUUUCAAGGAUCAGCCAGAGACAGCAGCAGAUACAAAUGGCUAUUUUCUUAUUGAGCAACACUUGAAUCAGUCCAACAACUUUUACGAGAAGGAUAUGAUCAAGGGAGAAGAGAUGCUUAAAUUUGAAAUGGCUCCAGCAGCAAAUGAAGCUGAACCAGAGGAACGGCGUAUGUCUGAUUUGUCGGAUUGGGCUGGUAGUGUGACUUCCUCUGUAGACAUUCAGCUGAACAAUUCAGCAGUUGAACAAGAUUUUUAUAAUCUCCGGAAGGAAUGUGAAGAAAAAGAGGCCACCAUCAAUGAGUUAUCCACUUUUCUUCAAUCAUCAGAAGCUUUUGGUGCAAAGAGGAUUGGAGAGCUGGAAGAUAUCAUCCGCAGAAAGAAUAUGAUUAUAACAAAACUCAAGAAAGAUAUUUUGACCUUAGAGCAGAAGGUCGUGAAUCUAACAAGACUUAGAAGACCAUCUUUCUCUUCAACAAAAUCAAAGGGGGUGCAGCUUCCUCCGUUAACAGACAACAUCCUUUAUGAUAUGGACAGUACUACUAGCCCUUCAUCUUCAGAUUCAGAUGGUUCCCCAAGGAGAGUAGCUCAACCUCUUUUUUAUAGUCAAGACAUCAACAUUUAUCACAGUGAGAAUACUUUAAGGGAAAACCAGAAACAGGAGCAUGUCGAAAGCUUACCUUUAUUAGUGAAACCAACAAAUAGACAUCCAAAGUCACGACCAGUAAGCCCCUUGAAGGAGAAAUCAUUGAAUCAGACACAGGAUUCAGUCUCCAGAUUGAAACCAAAGCAGGUACCAUCAUCUAUUAGUGCAGAAUCUAGGAGGAGGCGACCUCCUGUUGCUAAGUCGAGGGAUGCAGUUGCACAAAAACGAUGGCUUUAGCUAUCAGACGUGAAUGUUACAAGUACAAUAGGCUAUGCAAAGUAGAAGAAGUUGCUGCCCUGGUAUCUGGACCUGAAAGAGCUUCAGUGUAGAUUCAUCAACCUCUAUGGGCUGCUUCUGCACCUCCAUUUCCUUUGACAAAGAUUCCAAAUUGACAGCAUUAUAUCUAGGUAGUAAAAUAGUAGAGUGCAUGAAAGUGAUGUAACUAGUCUUAAAUUUAGUGGACUUCUUGUAUUAUUAUUGUAGAAAAGAUGAAAUCUGUCAAUUAUGCAAUUUUGGGAUGUUGCCUGAACUAGAAAUUUAUGCUCCCUAUGUAUUGCUAUGAGAUGAUACAUUUUGCUUC